GUUACUUACAAACCAAGCAAUCUAUCAACAGCUAUCUUAACGUUCAACGUUUGAGCAGAGUGAUCGAGCGUGUCCCCGGCCACCAAACUUCCGAAAUGGCCCUGACUCUUCACCAGCAGCGUAUGGCUCAGAUCGCCUGCCGCCAGCAGGCCUCUGGCCGCGUCUCCGUCCGGCCCGUGCUGCAGCUGGCCUCUACACGCGUGCCUGUGCCUUACGGGCCGAACAUGGCUGUCGUGGCCACGAGGCCCGCCCGCUCCGGGCUCGUGGUCCGCGCGCAGUCUGCCAAGGCUGCGGCGGGCACUGUCCGCAUCAUCAUCCAGGGCCGCAAGCUGCCAGUGACUGAUGCCAUCAAGCUGUACGUGGAGGAGAAGGUUGCUAAGGCCGUUGCCAACUUCUCGCACACGCUCAAGGAGGUGGACGUCACGCUGUCCGCUCGCGGCGGCGACACCGGCACCCACGGCAAGAAGGAGCAGAAGGUAGAGGUGACCAUUUACACGUUGCGCAACGGCGUGGUGCGCGUGGAGGAUGCGGAGAACAACCUGUACGCUGCCAUCGAUCUGGUUUGCGACAAGAUCCGCGCCAAGCUCCAGAAGAUCAAGGAGAAGGCCAUCAGCCGCGGCGCCUGGCCCGGCCGCGCCGGCCCCAAGGAGGACGUGGAUGAGGAGGACUUCCAGGAGUACCUCAAGGAGGUCAAGAUGGACACUCAGCUGUUUGACAAGGAGGAGCAGCUGCAGCGCCAGUUCGCCGAGCUGAACCGCAUCUACCCCGCCAACGUCAUGCGCUCCAAGACCGUGGUGCUCGACCCCAUCACCGUGGAGGAGGCCAUUGACGCGCUGGAGGCUGUGGGGCACUCGUUCUACGUGUUCCGCGAGAUGACCACCGACACCGUGCAGAUCGUGUACAAGCGCGAGUCUGGCGGCUACGGUGUCAUCGUUCCCCAGAUGCGCGACUAAGCGGGCGGCAGUGCCAGCCUGGCGUUGUCUGAGCGUUGUGUGCUGUGGUGUGUGAGCGCAAGCUGGUGCGGCCAUGCGGUGCAUGUGCGGGCGUGAUGCCCGCGCCGUCCCGUGUGGCCUUAGCCGCCUUCGUGCUCAGUAGUAGGGCCGAUCACGUGAGUGUCACUGCGGCGGGUACAGUGUUAGGUGGCGGCGGGGCACUGCCCUUGCAGCUUGAUAAGAACUGGAAACUGCUCCGCAAAUCAUGUUUAUCGUUGUUGGGGCCCCGCGUGCUCCCUCACCAUGCCAGUGUUGGCCGUGCGGUUGUGCGUGGGGCCCUGUGCACGCGGCGCGGCACGCUGAUGCCCGCACGUGCAACUUUGACGUUCACCGGGAAGGGCGCCGCAGCCAGGCCGGAUUGCAUGCGGACGUAAUUGGCCGCUUGCAUUCCAGACAUAGGCAGGCUGCGGUUCCUGUUUGCCACGUUUUGACCCUGUUGGAUUUCACGCGUUGUGUGAUAUGUACAAUUGUCGGAGUUCGCAUGCGCGUGCCUUGUAUUUAUUGCGCCAUGCGAAUCAGAAACGGCAGGGGCGUCAGCCCUGAUUGGAUCCUGCUGGUGCAUGGGCAUGGUGUCUUCGAUUGAUGAAGCCCCACGUGUCCUGCGUCUUGUGUAAAGUAAAACCCCC